AGUAGAUGUCAGUUAUCCAAGUGGCGGGAACCAUAAUCCACUAAAGAGAAGGACGUGGCUGUACUCCAGCCCACAUUCUUCUGUGUCUUCUCAUCCUUUCUUCGUUCUUCUUUCCGCCCGUUAACAGUUUCAGUAAAAGCAAUGGCCUUGCGACUACCCACUCAGCUCCUGACACCUGGCAAUCUCCACCACCACCGCCACCUCAAAGCCUCUUUAGACAAUGCCCAACUUUCCUGGUCUUGCAAUUUAAGCCCUCUCCCUCUUCUAUCUUCUUCACUCUCCUGCUCCACAGGGAAACUUUCUACCCAACAACAGGUGGUGAGAUGCAGUGUUAGUGGUGUUGGGAGUGUGCAGGCGGUGAAUGUGGGACCAGGCACACCUGUGAGGCCAACAAGCAUACUGGUGGUUGGUGCGACGGGAACACUUGGCAGACAGAUGGUAAGGCGUGCACUUGAUGAAGGGUAUGAUGUUAGAUGCCUUGUGAGGCCUCGACCUGCCCCCGCUGAUUUCCUCCGUGAUUGGGGUGCAACCGUUGUAAACGCAGAUCUCAGCAAACCAGAGACCAUACCUGCAACAUUGGUUGGUGUUCAUACAGUCAUUGACUGUGCCACAGGACGCCCAGAAGAGCCCAUAAAAACAGUAGACUGGGAAGGAAAAGUCGCUCUUAUACAAUGUGCAAAAGCAAUGGGAAUACAGAAGUAUGUAUUCUAUUCCAUUCACAAUUGUGACAAGCACCCUGAGGUUCCACUGAUGGAGAUCAAGUAUUGCACAGAGAAGUUUCUGAAGGACUCAGGCCUAACUCACAUCGUAAUACGAUUAUGUGGUUUCAUGCAAGGUCUAAUCGGGCAAUAUGCGGUACCUAUACUAGAAGAAAAAUCUGUUUGGGGAACAGAUGCCCCAACUCGAAUUGCAUACAUGGACACCCAGGAUAUAGCUCGACUGACGUUCAUAGCUUUACGUAAUGAGAACAUCAAUGGGAAGGUUCUCACUUUUGCUGGUCCGCGUGCAUGGACAACUCAGGAGGUGAUAACAUUGUGUGAGAGGCUUGCAGGGCAAGAUGCAAAUGUUACAACAGUCCCUGUCUCUGUCUUGAGAUUUACUCGGCAGCUAACUCGGUUUUUUGAGUGGACAAAUGAUGUUGCUGAUAGAUUGGCAUUUUCAGAGGUUCUAACGAGUGAUACUGUUUUCUCUGUUCCUAUGACUGAGACAUAUAAUCUUCUUGGGGUGGACUCCAAUGAUAUAAUUACACUCGAGAAAUAUUUGCAGGAUUACUUUACGAACAUAUUGAAGAAAUUGAAAGACCUGAAAGCACAAUCAAAGCAGACUGAUAUUUUCAUAUGAACACCAUUUUGCAGUUAUAAUGGAGCUUUGUAUUGAUUGACAAAGAUUGGUACAUUAUGAAGACUGAUACAGAGGUAAACCUUUCUUUUCGUUUGGAAGAGGCAAAGAUUAGCCAAAGGAGAAAACAUAUAUGUAUGUUUGUUUAUGAAACCGAAUGUCAUGAGCAAGCAAAGGACCAAACCAAAUGUUGCUUCAGCAUUAAAAUUAUGUAGCCUUUGGGUGAAUUAAAAAAAAAGGAACAAAAGGAAAUGACUGCCAGCCAUUACUCAUGUUAUAUCGGAAGUGGGCUAAGGGUAACAAUAAGUUGCAGUUGGGCUUUUUGCUUCUCAAGUCCAAAAGAGGUUCAAAUUAGUGGGUUAUGGCCCAAAUUAUUAAGACAUUCAGACCCGAGCCAAGGCUUGAUAUUUGCCCUUCUUAUAUCAGUUUAAAACAAUGCAAAUCUUGGAGGAGUUGAGCUUGAU